AUGUCAUCAUGGCAGACCCUCGGCUGUGAGCUCAUCGCCGCCCGCUUCCCAGCUCUGAGACAUGGACAAGGCGACCCGCUGCUCAGUCUCCUAGCUCAGGAGAAAGGGGAGUCUACCUGCUUCUUUCUGCAGGAGCUGUCCAAGCUGGGCCUGAACAGUGACAUAGAGGUGGAGCUGCGGAUUCUUCAGCUACCUGUAGAUUACAGGGAGGUGAAGCAGAGGGUCACCAGAAUUUGGGAAGACCUUCAACCGCAACUCGCUGUGCACAUCGGACUGGACGCCUCCGCCAAGGCCAUCGUUCUGGAGCAGUGCGCCAAGAACCGGGGCUAUCGGGACGCGGACAUCCGGGGCUUCCGGCCGGCGCGCGGCGAGUGCCUUCCGGAUGGCCCGGAAGUGAUUGCGUCGGAGGUCAGCAUGAGGGCGGUGAGCGAGCGCGUGGCCGUGGAGGGCGUGGAGGUGACCUUUUCUCGAGAUGCGGGCAGAUAUGUCUGCGAUUACACCUACUACCUGUCUUUGCAUCAUGGAAAUGGGUCCGCGGCACUCAUCCACGUGCCUCCAUUAUCCCGUUGGCUCCCAGCCAGGCUGCUGGGAAAAGCCCUGCAAGUCAUCAUCCAGGACAUGCUGGAAGAGCUGAGAAAGCCUGAGCUCAAAGCCUCGUUCGCAGAAAACUCAACCGCCGUGAUUCCAGACCGGGGGAACCAAUUGGGGGACUGCUCCUUUGGAGAAAAUUAA